CUCAUCCUUAGUAAAACGGUCAGCUGAGAUUUAACUAGCGUCAACAAAAUUUACAACAAUAAACAUCAAAAAGUUUUUACGAAAAUAAUCAAGAAAGAUAUUUGUGGACAUUGUGCAUGAAUCUAAAGUUUUUUUGUUUGUAAAUUUUCCCUCGUCUAAAAAGGAUUAAAGAUCAUUUGGUUUGAUGAGUUUAUGCUCAGAAGAAAUUGUUUCUAAUAUGUUUGAAAGGGACUUAAUAAAAGCCGUUCGGCAAUAUCCUUGCCUUUAUGAUAGAAACAAUAAGACUUCUGAAAAGACAAAGCUAAUACUUAAGAAAUGUUGGAAUAAUGUAGCUACCGAAACGGGGGAGACUGUGGAAAAAUGCCAGACCCGUUGGAGAUCACUUCGUGACCGAUAUGUAAAAGAAUGCAGAAACUAUAUUGAUCGAAACCAACUAACAGUUUGGCAGUAUAUGAACGAUUUAGAGUUUCUUCGUGAUUUUAUUGAAUCGCGGGGGCCUUGCAAAAAAAAAUAUGCUUCUUGUCCCGCAAGAUCGAGCGACAUGAUAAAAAUACAGAAGGAAGAACCCGAGCCAGGAAACUUUUCCAAUACUGACCGUACCGACUCGGAAGAAGAAGCUUGCAAUUCGUCGCUAAAAAGAUCUUGUUAUGAUAGCAUAGAUUAUGAAUCGGAAGACGACGAAACUACUGACGAUGUCACUGAACCGAAAAGGCCUUUUAUUGAAGCGCUCGAGGAAUCUCCAAUAAACGAGCCCCGAAUUAGUCAAUCAUAUCAAAAUCCAUUACCAUCAAGAACACGGUCAAGAGACGCCCAGGGAAAGUUUGAUUUAUUGGUUGGAACGUUGAAUGAGUAUAUUAAAAGUCGCAUUACGGAAAGACAGAAAAACAAUAACCAACAUUUCUUUGGUCUACUAGAUACAUACCUUUCAAAAUUGCCAGAAAAUGAGCAAGAUAAAUUAAAAGCUGACAUUUUAAUUAUGGUUAUGAAUAAAACUAGAGAAGAUUAAAUAAUAAUAAAAUUUAAUAACAAUAAAUAUUCUAUAAGUUUAAUAUUAAUAUAAUAACCAAGCUCAUUUCAUAUUUAGUUUUGUAAACACUGAAUCCAUACCGCGCAUGACACCGGCAAUUACUGGGAGUAGCUGGUUUUAGUUUUACUGCGAAAAAUAUGUGAGUGAAAAUAAAUUUAACUGACAAUUCGUUUACAUUUUUGUGCAUAAAUAACCAGACAAAUAACGGUUUUUAUUGAGAUAAAGUGCGUUAUUAUUAAUUGUGUAUAUACGAAACCCGAAUAAAGGCUGUAGUGCUUAUAGGUUUUCAAAUGA